AUGACGUUUCAAAACAGGGACAUUCGCAGCCACAGAGGGACACACCCACGCGUGAAGAAAGAUGGCGUGCAGCUGACGCACGAACGUUCCGCACCACCUCAUUCACGUGUUACAUCCUGCUUAGAAGUGUACUCUGAAGACCAGUUGGUCUUACGAGCUACAACAUUAAGAAUUAUUGCCUAUAUAGACAUUCCCUGCUAUCAGCAUCUGCCCCCCCACCCCCCGCCCCCCAACUCCUGCCUUCCACGUGCUUUUCGUCCCCAGAUCAGUUGCCAGCGAGACCUUGGGGAGGAUGUACAGAGCUCUUCAGUUGUGAGCGCAAACCAACGAAGGAUGUGGAACCCGGAGGCGCUACGGCAGUGGUGGGAGUACCUCUCCCUGCACUCGGCCUGGGAGAUCCUCGUGCCGGACGCCGUCUGGGCAGCCGUCGGCCCCUUCGUCAUCUGGGGGCAGGUCCUGGUCUUCUUCUUCCUGUUUCUCGUCGCCACCGUCGGCAGGAGACUCAAGCUCAGGAGGAAGUACGUGGAGCUCCUGGAGAGGGUGUUUCAGUUCGCGAGCGUCAAGCUGCUAGUGAUCUGCCCCGAGUCCCCCCGCGUGGGCUCCGGCUCCGCCUCCGGCAAGUUCGAGUUCCAGGACAGCCUCCCGUACGUCGUGGCGGGCAUGAGGGCUGUCGUGCAGGACUGCGUCAGCAGUAGCUUUAGUUCGGCUGAGUUGCGGACGUGGAACAUGCUGUCCAGGACGAAGCGCCAGCGUUACCUCCGCCUGAGCCCCUCGCUCACCGUGUUCUGGAUGUGGGGCUUCGUCAUCCGGUGGGUGUUCCUCAUGCCGGUGCGCGUGCUGCUCCUCGCCAUGAGUCUGAGCACACUGGUGGCGCUCUGCCUCACCGUCGGGUUCCUGCCGGAGAGCGCCUUCAAGAGGAGGGUCAACGCCUGGGUGGUCAGCUGGUGCUUCGACUUCGUGGCCGGCUCGCUGUCCGUGGUGGCCAGGUUCCACAACAAAGAGAACAGACCCACCCACGGGAUCGCCGUAGCGAACCACACCUCGCCCAUCGACUCCAUGGUACUGGCGACAGACAAGUGCUAUGACAUGGUUGGCCAGCGGUCGAAGGGAAUCCUCGGCGUGUUCAUGAGGGCGCUGGCGAGGUCCUCGUCUCACAUCUGGUUCGAAAGGACGCAAGCGAAGGAGAGGUCCCAGGUGGCGCAGAUGCUGCAAGCGCACGCCCAGGAUACCACCAAGCCCCCGAUCCUGAUCUUUCCCGAGGGCAUCUGCGUCAACAACACGGCCGUCAUGCAGUUCAAAAAAGGCGCCUUUGAGAUAGACAGCGUGGUCUUCCCCAUCGCCAUCCGGUUCGACCCCCGGUACGGCGACCCGUUCUGGUACCAGGACUCCUUCGGCGCCUACCUCUUCAGCAUGAUGACCUCGUGGGCCAUCGUGUGCGACGUGUGGUACCUGCCCCCCAUGCGGCGCGGCGAGACCGAGUCGGCGGCGGCGUUCGCGAGUAGAGUGAAGGCGCUCAUAGCUCACCGCGGAGGCUUCGUGCAGCUGGCGUGGGACGGGUCCAUCAAACUGGCGCAGAAGGGGAACGCGCUGUGGCGGGAGAAGCGGACGCAGUGGAGGAACAAGCAGCAAGUUGAGUUCGCGAGGCACCUGAGCGUGGGCGAAGACGAGGACGUGACGAAGGAUGGGGAUAAGGAAGAGCGGGAGGAUAGGGCGAAGGACAGGGGAAAAGACUCGGAAGAGAGCGCCUCUGAGGAUGUUGGCAGGGAGGGGAAGAAAGAGGUCUGAGGCAUGAUGGGGGGAAGCAGAGACAGGGAAACGCGGAAAGGGAAAGUGUCGGAGAUUUGGAACUGGAAGGAAUUAAGGAGAGGAAAACAAAGUCAGGAAGUGAACAGAGGAAGAGGGGAAAGGAGAAUUAACAAAGUGGAUGGGAAACGGAAACCAUGCAAAGGUUAUCGAAAAAAAGAAAAUUAUGAAAUUGCGAAAUAAAAGAGAAAGAAAAGAGAGCGAAAUUAAAUUAAAGAGCAGGAAGAACAAAGAAAGGACGGAAAUGGAAAAAAAUAGUGAAAGAAAAUACUAAAUAAAAGAAAAAAAUGAGCAUGAGGGAAUUAAGAGUUUUUUCCCUCAAAUGCUUUACCGCAAGAUACUCACUGUUGGUGCUAUACAUUGAGCAUGGUAGGUCAUGCAGAGCAAUGAAAAAGGGGAAAAAUAUAAUGUAUGCUGUCAGUCAAUAAAUACCAUGAUAUUAGUUUA